AUGACGCGAUCAAGGGCUGCAGCAGCCGCAACAGGAUCUGUUGCUGCAGCAGCAGCAGCAGCAGAUGCUGCAGCAGCACAAGGAGACCAUGCUGCUGCUGCUGCUGCACCUUCAGCAGCAACUGCAGCAGAUGCUGCUGCACCACCUGCAGCAGCAGCAGACAAGAAGGGGUUGCGUGACAACAACCUCCCCUUUGUCUCCCUUGAUAAAGUGCCUCCUGCUGCUUGGGGAUUCCUGGACUUUGAGAGUAGAGAGCAGGUCGAAGCAUUUGAGAGAGCAACAGAAAGAUUACCAUUUAGAGGUAAUCUUAUUUAUCUACAUGACGCCAAGGCACGACAGGUAGACCAGCAGCAGCAGCAGCAGCAGCAACAGCAGCAAGAGCAACAGCAGCAAGAGCAACAAGAGCAGCAGCAGAAACAGCAGCAGCAGAAACAGCAGCAGCAGAAGGGGGAUCGACGUAAAGGAAGGGAGACAACUCAUGAUGGACCCCCGCAAAAAAAGGCAAAGACACGGGGGUCUAAACCUACAGCAGCAGCAGCAGCAGCAGCAGCAGCAACAGCAACAGGAGCAGCAACAGAUGAUGAUGAUGAUAAUGAUGAUGAUGGAGGAGCUACUGCAGCAAAUGCUGGUAUAACAGAAGCAGAUUUCUUGGUGCAGCAGCAGCAGAAGCAGCAGCAGCAGCAGCUACCUGCCUUGCUGCAAUUAAUAAACAACAAACCCCACCUAACAGAAGCUGCCUCUAUAGAGCAUCGUGUUACACCUCUACAUUGUUUCUCCUACUAUGAUCAACUUAAGAUGAAGCACACGUACCUUAAGACAAUGAUUAAGCAGCUGACUAAGGCUGCCCAUCAACGUUAUCUAAGACUCUUGCCUACAGAAGAACGCAAGAAACAGCCGAUUAAGCAGCAGCAGCAGCAGCAGCAGCAGCAAGAGCAGCAGGAGCCGUGGCAUUCCCCUAAAGUUGCUAAACGAUGGAUUGGCUGCGAAGUGUUGCCUACGUUGCCUGCCCCUGCUGAAGGGCGCGUAGGAUAUCGUAACAAAUGUGAAUUUACUGUGGGGAUAAAGCGCAAGCAGCAGCAGCAGCAGCAGCAGCAGCAGCAGCAGCAAGAGCAGCAGCAGCAAGAGGAGGAGCAGCAUGAGCCAUGCGUAGGAAACUAA